AUGCGGUUUGACUUCGUCGACGGCAGCGGCCAGCCAGUCGUGCUGAGCGAGUUCUUCUUCACCUACUACGACCUUGACCAGGAGACGGACCUGCCGUCUGGGGCGGAGUCGCUCACGGCGAGCGGCUUCGUCAAGUACGACGUCGACCCCAACACGGAGCUCGACAUCAGCACCGCGCCAGACGGCUCCGUCACCUUCUCCUCCACCAGGCAAGGGACGCUGGACGACAACCCGACCGACCCACUGUCACUGACGUCGGAGCAGCUCUCACGCUCGGUGACGCUCUGGUAUCGCGACACAUCGACGGUCACGUUGACCUACUCGACGACCGCGGCCACAUGCACCCCCACCCCGUGUGGCGGCCGCAACUUCCUCUUUGCAGGCGUCAAUCCGUUCCCCGUCGUUGACCCAUGCUGCCUUUCGCCGCGGGAGCCACCGCCCUUCCCAGCACCGCAACCGCCGCCUCCGCCCCCAUUACCUGUACCGCCGUCUUCUCCUUGCAUUUGUGCUUCGGACGAGACGCACAACCUGAUGGACUUCAGCCUGGCGACGCUGCAGAACAACAACCUCGGCGGCGCCGGCCCCGACCCGGACGACUCCCUGGAGAACAUGCACCUCGCAUCAGUCGGGAUGACGGCCGACGGCGAGUCUUUUGACCUGAUCAUCACCAGCGAGACGGAGUACGUGCCGCGCAAUGCCGCGAACCACAACCGCAUCAACGGCGCGGUCCCGCAAAUCAACCUCGGGCAAAACGAGACCGUGACGCUGCGAUUUGACUUCGUCGACGGCAGCGGCCAGCCAGUCGUGCUGAGCGAGUUCUUCUUCACCUACUACGACCUUGACCAGGAGACGGACCUGCCGUCAGGGGCGGAGUCGCUCACGGCGAGCGGCUUCGUCAAGUACGACGUCGACCCCAACACGGAGCUCGACAUCAGCACCGCGCCAGACGGCUCCGUCACCUUCUCCUCCACCAGGCAAGGGACGCUGGACGACAACCCGACCGACCCACUGUCACUGACGUCGGAGCAGCUCUCACGCUCGGUGACGCUCUGGUAUCGCGACACAUCGACGGUCACGUUGACCUACUCGACGACCGCGGCCACAUGCACCCCCACCCCGUGUGGCGGCCGCAACUUCCUCUUUGCAGGCGUCAAUCCGUUCCCCGUCGUUGACCCAUGCUGCCUUUCGCCGCGGGAGCCACCGCCCUUCCCAGCACCGCAACCGCCGCCUCCGCCCCCAUUACCUGUACCGCCGUCUUCUCCUUGCAUUUGUGCUUCGGACGAGACGCACAACCUGAUGACUUUCGGCCUGGCGACGCUGCAGACAAACAACCUCGGCGGCGCCGGCCCCGACCCGGACGACUCCCCGGAGAACAUGCACCUCGCAUCAGUCGGGAUGACGACCGACGGCGAGUCUUUUGACCUGAUCAUCACCAGCGAGACGGAGUACGUGCCGCGCAAUGCCGCGAACCACAACCGCAUCAACGGCGCGGUCCCGCAAAUCAACCUCGGGCAAAACGAGACCGUGACGCUGCGGUUUGACUUCGUCGACGGCAGCGGCCAGCCAGUCGUGCUGAGCGAGUUCUUCUUCACCUACUACGACCUUGACCAGGAGACGGACCUGCCGUCAGGGGCGGAGUCGCUCACGGCGAGCGGCUUCAUCAAGUACGACGUCGACCCCAACACGGAGCUCGACAUCAGCACCGCGCCAGACGGCUCCGUCACCUUCUCCUCCACCAGGCAAGGGACGCUGGACGACAACCCGACCGACCCACUGUCACUGACGUCGGAGCAGCUCUCACGCUCGGUGACGCUCUGGUAUCGCGACACAUCGACGGUCACGUUGACCUACUCGACGACCGCGGCCACAUGCACCCCCACCCCGUGUGGCGGCCGCAACUUCCUCUUUGCAGGCGUCAAUCCGUUCCCCGUCGUUGACCCAUGCUGCCGUUCGCCGCGGGAGCCACCGCCCUUCCCAGCACCGCAACCGCCGCCUCCGCCCCCAUUACCUGUACCGCCGUCUUCUCCUUGCAUUUGUGCUUCGGACGAGACGCACAACCUGAUGGACUUCAGCCUGGCGACGCUGCAGAACAACAACCUCGGCGGCGCCGGCCCCGACCCGAACGACUCCCUGGAGAACAUGCACCUCGCAUCAGUCGGGAUGACGGCCGACGGCGAGUCUUUUGACCUUAUCAUCACCAGCGAGACGGAGUACGUGCCGCGCAAUGCCGCGAACCACAACCGCAUCAACGGCGCGGUCCCGCAAAUCAACCUCGGGCAAAACGAGACCGUGACGCUGCGAUUUGACUUCGUCGACGGCAGCGGCCAGCCAGUCGUGCUGAGCGAGUUCUUCUUCACCUACUACGACCUUGACCAGGAGACGGACCUGCCGUCAGGGGCGGAGUCGCUCACGGCGAGCGGCUUCAUCAAGUACGACGUCGACCCCAACACGGAGCUCGACAUCAGCACCGCGCCAGACGGCUCCGUCACCUUCUCCUCCACCAGGCAAGGGACGCUGGACGACAACCCGACCGACCCACUGUCACUGACGUCGGAGCAGCUCUCACGCUCGGUGACGCUCUGGUAUCGCGACACAUCGACGGUCACGUUGACCUACUCGACGACCGCGGCCACAUGCACCCCCACCCCGUGUGGCGGCCGCAACUUCCUCUUUGCAGGCGUCAAUCCGUUCCCCGUCGUUGACCCAUGCUGCCUUUCGCCGCGGGAGCCACCGCCCUUCCCAGCACCGCAACCGCCGCCUCCGCCCCCAUUACCUGUACCGCCGUCUUCUCCUUGCAUUUGUGCUUCGGACGAGACGCACAACCUGAUGGACUUCAGCCUGGCGACGCUGCAGAACAACAACCUCGGCGGCGCCGGCCCCGACCCGGACGACUCCCUGGAGAACAUGCACCUCGCAUCAGUCGGGAUGACGACCGACGGCGAGUCUUUUGACCUGAUCAUCACCAGCGAGACGGAGUACGUGCCGCGCAAUGCCGCGAACCACAACCGCAUCAACGGCGCGGUCCCGCAAAUCAACCUCGGGCAAAACGAGACCGUGACGCUGCGAUUUGACUUCGUCGACGGCAGCGGCCAGCCAGUCGUGCUGAGCGAGUUCUUCUUCACCUACUACGACCUUGACCAGGAGACGGACCUGCCGUCAGGGGCGGAGUCGCUCACGGCGAGCGGCUUCGUCAAGUACGACGUCGACCCCAACACGGAGCUCGACAUCAGCACCGCGCCAGACGGCUCCGUCACCUUCUCCUCCACCAGGCAAGGGACGCUGGACGACAACCCGACCGACCCACUGUCACUGACGUCGGAGCAGCUCUCACGCUCGGUGACGCUCUGGUAUCGCGACACAUCGACGGUCACGUUGACCUACUCGACGACCGCGGCCACAUGCACCCCCACCCCGUGUGGCGGCCGCAACUUCCUCUUUGCAGGCGUCAAUCCGUUCCCCGUCGUUGACCCAUGCUGCCUUUCGCCGCGGGAGCCACCGCCCUUCCCAGCACCGCAACCGCCGCCUCCGCCCCCAUUACCUGUACCGCCGUCUUCUCCUUGCAUUUGUGCUUCGGACGAGACGCACAACCUGAUGGACUUCGGCCUGGCGACGCUGCAGAACAACAACCUCGGCGGCGCCGGCCCCGACCCGGACGACUCCCCGGAGAACAUGCACCUCGCAUCAGUCGGGAUGACGACCGACGGCGAGUCUUUUGACCUGAUCAUCACCAGCGAGACGGAGUACGUGCCGCGCAAUGCCGCGAACCACAACCGCAUCAACGGCGCGGUCCCGCAAAUCAACCUCGGGCAAAACGAGACCGUGACGCUGCGGUUUGACUUCGUCGACGGCAGCGGCCAGCCAGUCGUGCUGAGCGAGUUCUUCUUCACCUACUACGACCUUGACCAGGAGACGGACCUGCCGUCAGGGGCGGAGUCGCUCACGGCGAGCGGCUUCAUCAAGUACGACGUCGACCCCAACACGGAGCUCGACAUCAGCACCGCGCCAGACGGCUCCGUCACCUUCUCCUCCACCAGGCAAGGGACGCUGGACGACAACCCGACCGACCCACUGUCACUGACGUCGGAGCAGCUCUCACGCUCGGUGACGCUCUGGUAUCGCGACACAUCGACGGUCACGUUGACCUACUCGACGACCGCGGCCACAUGCACCCCCACCCCGUGUGGCGGCCGCAACUUCCUCUUUGCAGGCGUCAAUCCGUUCCCCGUCACGCACAACCUGAUGGACUUCAGCCUGGCGACGCUGCAGAACAACAACCUCGGCGGCGCCGGCCCCGACCCGAACGACUCCCUGGAGAACAUGCACCUCGCAUCAGUCGGGAUGACGGCCGACGGCGAGUCUUUUGACCUUAUCAUCACCAGCGAGACGGAGUACGUGCCGCGCAAUGCCGCGAACCACAACCGCAUCAACGGCGCGGUCCCGCAAAUCAACCUCGGGCAAAACGAGACCGUGACGCUGCGAUUUGACUUCGUCGACGGCAGCGGCCAGCCAGUCGUGCUGAGCGAGUUCUUCUUCACCUACUACGACCUUGACCAGGAGACGGACCUGCCGUCAGGGGCGGAGUCGCUCACGGCGAGCGGCUUCAUCAAGUACGACGUCGACCCCAACACGGAGCUCGACAUCAGCACCGCGCCAGACGGCUCCGUCACCUUCUCCUCCACCAGGCAAGGGACGCUGGACGACAACCCGACCGACCCACUGUCACUGACGUCGGAGCAGCUCUCACGCUCGGUGACGCUCUGGUAUCGCGACACAUCGACG